CGCGGCCCGCGCGAGGCGCUGGGGCUGCUGCGCGCCCUGUGCCGCGACUGGCUGCGGCCUGAGGUGCACACCAAGGAGCAGAUGCUGGAACUGCUGGUGCUGGAGCAGUUCCUGAGUGCGCUGCCCGCCGACACACAGGCCUGGGUGUGCAGCCGGCGGCCGCGGAGUGGCGAGGAAGCCGUGGCACUCCUGGAGGAGCUGUGGGGACCAGCAGCCUCCCCGGAUCGGCCUUCAGCGACGCGGGCACAUCAGGACAUGACAGAGGGCACUGGGGCCAGUGUUGGAAAAGAGGAGAAUGGGAUGAUUCCCCUGGCAGGAGACACAGCACCCAGGGUGGAGGCGCCGGAAACCGGGGACGCCCGGGCCGUGCGCCCCUAUAAGCAGGAGCCCAGCAGCCCCCCGCUGGCCCCGCCGCCACCCAGCCUGCCCACCUUCCUGGCGGUCCCCAGCGCCACGUCCUGCCCCGAGUGCGGGAAG